UGGCAAAGGCUAAUGACAUUGUCCUGUUCUUCUGUGACCACAUUCCACUGGGCUGACACAGAGAGAAAGUGAGAGAGAGAGCAGGCCUGUGUGGAGGGAACAUAGGCAGCAGGCGGGUCUUGGCUGGCUCCCUCUCUUCUUCUCUCCACGGAAUAAAGGGGAAUGUGUCUGGGUCUACUUUUGUGCAGGCACUGCUGUGUGCCUCUCCCCCUGGCCUCUGUAGAGCAAAAAAAGGCGGGGGGGAUUGAGCGGAUCUUGCCAAAGCGUCUGUAAAUGGGAGUAUACUAUACAUGCAAAAGAAAGGGUGGAGAAGAAGCUUGUGAGAAAUAUCUUGCUUGGAUCCAAGACAUGGAGUGAGCAAGGACUGACGGAAUUGGUAGGUGAGCAGAGAGAGAGGAGCAGGGGGAAAAGCUGUGGUCAAGGGCGUGUGUGACAUGAUGCCCGGACAAAUCCCUGACCCCUCAGUGACGGCAGGCUCUCUGCCCAGCUUAGGCCCGCUGGCAGGCAUCUCUGCCACAACGCUUACGGAUCAGCUUAAAUACGCCGACCUGUGCAGCCUGGGGGCCAUGCUGUCACCACUGCACCUUCUAGGCAAGCUGGGCAAACGCCACCUUCCCAUUAAAGCAGAGAAGGAUGAAGAAGAGGAGAGGAGGAAAAGAAGGCGAGAGAAAAAUAAAGUGGCAGCAGCACGAUGUCGAAACAAAAAGAAAGAACGGACAGAGUAUCUACAACGGGAAUCGGAGCGGCUGGAGAUGAUGAACUCAGAGCUGAAAGCACAGAUUGAGGAGCUGAAGCAUGAGCGGCAGCAGCUCAUCCUCAUGCUUAACCGUCACCGGCCCACGUGCAUCGUGAGGACGGACAGUGUGAAAACCCCCGAGAGUGAGACUAACCCCCUGCUGGAGCAGCUGGAGGCUAAAUGAGGAGACGCAGAGGCUCAGAGUGGUGCCUUUCCACAGUUACUGUUUACAGGUUAGCUUCCAUACAGCUAGCUAGUAGCACUUAGCUCUAAGCUCUUGGACAUUUAAAGAGGAACGAGUCAAGCACUCCAGCCUGUGAGCUUGGAGUUUAAGAGCCUUUGUGGACCCUGCUCCCCCUCUCCCCCAAGCCACACAGACAUGUCCCAAUCAGAUUGGGCUAUGUGCUGACAGUUACAAGUUUGUAUUACUGUUACUUUUUCUAUUUGUGGUCAUUCAGUGCCUAAUAGGUUCAUCAUAAUCCAACAAGUAAAAAAAAGAACAGGUUUGGAGGAGUUUGGUAACAACAUGUACUUCCUCUCAUUACCAUGUAUGAUGAAAAGGCUAACAGAUGAAGCAUUGCUAUCCAUGUUUGUGGCCUUUUGCCAAUGUAACUGGAUGAUUUGUACUACACUCCUUGUGUCUUCAUGAUACUGAGUCAUGACUUGCCCUCAAUAGCAUUUUUUUUUUUGACGCAGGCGUCAUGUAUGCACAUAUAUAUGAACUGUUUACAUCAUUCUGUUUUAUUAGUUACCUACAAUUUAUAUAUAUUUUCUGAUUUUUAUACUUCUUGUACAUUACAUUAUAUGGACUGUUAUCACUAGAUGUGAUACAUUUUAUAUUUCUGCAACAAAUAGUUAUAUAACCUUUUUUCUGUGACUUACUCAUUUUGUUUAAUAGCUGUGAAGAAAUGCAAACAAAUAUUAAACAGGAGUCACUCCUAAAUGUUAUUUUGCAAUAUACGACAUGUAUUUGGGUAGUAUAUUCUAUAGUCUUUAAUAAUUAAAUCAAUUCUUCUUCAACUCUUUGAUACCUCCAGUGCAUUCUCAAAUCAGGUUUUUGUCCUCUUUCCAAAGAAAAGCUGCUACAUUUUUAUUAAGUAGCUCACUAUAUGAUACAAAAUGGUACAAAAUUAAUCACAAAAUGCAAAAGUCAAGUCUUUACAGCAGCUGAACAUCAAACAGUCAGAUUGUCUAUGAAGUUUUUGUGGUCUGCAUAGAAUUAUUAUGACUCUAUGAUGCUAAUUGAAGGCCUCAACUAAAUGUCUGUGAAUAUUGCUCAUUUUAAAAACCAUGGUAGACUAAGAAUAAGGUGCUCUCAUUAGAACUAUGCACAGAGCAUGACUGAUGCAUUUGCACAAAUCAUAAGUGAAUGGAAAUCACACAAUUACCUUCCGCUAACCGAUAUAACCAUAUGACUGCUUAUUAGGGCUCAACCAAUGUAAGCACUUAGUUGUUGAUAUCUAUACCGAUAUUAAGUGGAUAAACAUUCUGACAAAAUAAUAUUUAGAUUUUAGAUAAAAAAUUUUUACUCCAAUUGUUCUAGUUUAGAUUUCAGUUUUCAGUGGUCACGUUUCUUAUAAGCCCAAAUAUUCAGCAGAAACCUGCAGUCUUAAUAUGAAUAGUCUAAUACAAAUACUGUAGCACUAGAAGUGGAGCUAGCCAGAAUUCUUGAUGUUUUUGAUUUCUGUUAAUUGUCUCUUAUUUUUUUAUCAGUUCUCCCCAUAUAUCUGUGUUAUACUGUUAUAUGGGUGCUAAAGGUUAGGUCUGGACACAUGAUGGUGUUUUGUGGUCUAAUUUACCAUGUUAUGUAAUUAAAGAAGGGGUGACUCUUA